UAUUAAUCGUCGUGUUUUCCGUUGUGACCAAACAUUACUUUAAAAUUACCUUCACUUUCAUCUUUAACCUCAUUCCCAUCCUCAUACUUAUCUUUAUAAUUUAAAAAGACGACUGGUUCGCAUUUUUAAUUCCUUUUACGCACUCGCAUCCGUCACCCCCCCCUCCCUCAUCAUCACUGCAACAUCUUUUCGCAUUCCACCACCAAUUUUUUUACUUUAUUUUAGAACCAGCUUUCUACUAAACCUUCCAAUCACCCUCCUGCUUUUAUUUUAUUUUAAUAAUUUGAUACAUUAUAAACAAUGAAAUUUGCCCUUAUCUUCGCCUCCUUCAGCGCUUUCGUUUGCGCCGUGCUCGCCAACAAGUGUGGACAAGCACCGGUCCAGCCCGUGUACUCGACGACCCCUGUCUACCAGGCAACCAGCUCGGCCCCUGCUCCAACAGAUACCUAUGUGGCCGGGUACACGACUUCGACGGAGCAAGUCACUUCGAGCGCAGUGGCCACCUCUUCUACCGCCUACACCACGGCCCCUACGAUUCCCUCUGAGCCUGUCGAGUCGGUUAAGUCCGACUUUGCUGGUACUUCCAACGCCUACUACACAGCCCAGCCCAUGCCCUCUGAGUUUGUCGAGAUAGAAAUGUCCAAAAUCGCUGAUACCUCUAACGCUUACUACACAGCCCUGCCCAUGCCAUCUGAGUUCAUUGAGCUGGAAAAGACCAAACUCGCGAACUUGGCUUAAAGCCAGUAUAGACCCUAGUCUAAAAGCUCCCAGUGGGGUUCAUCAUCAAUUAAAAAGCACGGAACGCUGAGUUUUGGAAUGGCUGAACAAUCUUUUUUGUUUAUAUGUUUUUGUCAUUUAAGCCCUUAAUAAAAUAAAACUGAUGUCUAA